AUGGCGGUGCCGCUGCGGCUGCUGCCGCUCUGCGCCCUGCUGCUGCUGCCGCUGCCCGGGGCUCCGCGCAGGCCGCCGCGCUGCGGGCCGCCCUGCAGCUGCUGGCGGGAGUCGGCGCUGUGCGUCGGGGCAGCGGGGGCCCCCCGCGGGCUGCCCGCCGGCCUGGGGUCCUUGAGCCUGGUAAACGGGACGUUCGCCGAAGUCAAGGACAGGAUGUUUUCCCACCUGCCCUCCUUGCAGCUGCUCUUGCUAAACUCCAAUUCCUUCACUGUUAUACGAGAUGACGCCUUUGCUGGUCUCUUCCAUCUAGAAUACCUAUUCAUUGAAGGAAAUAAAAUUGAAACCAUUUCAAGAAAUGCUUUUCGUGGCCUUCGAGACCUGACUCACCUUUCUUUGGCCAAUAACCAUCUCAAAGCUCUGCCGAGGGAUGUCUUCAGUGAUUUAGAUUCUUUAAUUGAACUAGAUUUAAGGGGAAAUAAAUUUGAGUGUGACUGCAAAGCCAAGUGGUUGUUUUUGUGGUUAAAGAUGACAAAUUCCACUGUUUCUGAUGUCCUGUGUAUUGGUCCAGCAGAAUAUCAGGAUAAGAAGUUAAAUGAUGUGACAAGUUUUGAUUAUGAAUGCACCACUACAGAUUUUGUUGUUCACCAGAUUUUGCCCUACCAGUCAGUUUCAGUGGAUACAUUCAACUCAAAGAAUGAUGUGUUUGUAGCCAUUGCACAGCCCAGCAUGGAGAACUGCAUGGUGCUGGAAUGGGACCACAUUGAAAUGAAUUUCAGGAGUUACGACAACAUCACAGGUCAGUCCAUAGUGGGAUGUAAAGCCAUUCUUGUUGGUGACCAAGUGUUUGUGGUGGUGGCACAACUCUUUGGUGGCUCACACAUUUACAAGUAUGAUGAAAGCUGGACAAAGUUUGUCAAAUUCCAGGAUAUCGAAGUAUCUCGCAUUUCCAAGCCAAAUGAUAUAGAGCUUUUUGAGAUAGACAAUGAAAUGUUUUUUGUCAUAGCAGAUAGCUCUAAAGCGGGUUUGUCAACAGUGUACAAGUGGAAUAACAAAGGAUUUUACUCAUACCAGUCCCUUCACGAAUGGUUCAGGGACACUGAUGCUGAGUUUCUCGAUAUAGAUGGGAAAUCACAUUUAAUCCUCUCUAGCCGUUCCCAGGUUCCCAUUAUACUCCAGUGGAACAAAGCUUCCAAAAAGUUUGUUCCACACAGUGAAAUCCCCAACAUGGAAGAUGUCUUAGCUGUGAAGAGUUUCAGGAUGCAGGAUGAUCUAUACAUCACACUCACGAGAUUCAUUGGUGACUCUAGAGUUAUGAAAUGGAAUAGCAAGCAGUUUGUGGAGAUACAGGCUCUUCCAUCCAGAGGAGCCAUGACGCUGCAGCCUUUCUCCUUCAAGAACAAUUACUACCUAGCUUUGGGAAGUGACUAUACCUUCUCCCAGAUUUACCAGUGGGAUGGUGAAAAGAAGAUUUUCAGAUUAUUUAAGGAAAUCUAUGUGCAAGCGCCACGGUCUUUCACAGCCGUGUCAACGGAUCGAAGAGAUUUUUUCUUUGCCUCUAGUUUUAAGGGAAACACUCAAAUAUUUGAACACAUCAUCAUUGACUUGAGUUUAUGA